UUGGCUCCAAGGCGGAUUUCACGCCCAUCCGAGAUCGAAACGUUCGCCCGCGCCAUGCGCGGCCUGCUGCUUCUGCCGCUUUGUGCGGCGGGGCUGACCCUCUCGGUGCUCGACUCCACUUUGGAGACGCCGGAGGCCGGAGAGGCCGAGGUGGCGGCGCUCUCGGCGCCGCUGGAGGACCGGAGAACGGUGAGCCCCAAGAGUUUGGCAGGCCAGCUGGAUGUGGUGGUGCGGUCCUUCUGCAUCGUGGGGGUGGCGGAGAUCUUCGACAAGACCUGGUUCGUGGCGCUGAUCUGCGCCCUGAACUACGGGCAGAAGUUGGCCUUCUGCGGCGCCUUCUUGGCUUUAGCGCUGCACGUCUUGCUGGCCGCCGUGCUGGGUGUGGCCAUCUCCCAGUUCUUCUCCAUCCAGGCGCUCUGCUUCUCCACCGCCGCGGUCUUCUUCUUCUUGGCCUGCGCCUACUUCAUCGAGCUGCUCACCGCGGAGUCCGACGACGUCAUCGCCGAGAGGAGCUCGGAGGCCAAAGAGACCCUGGGGGAGAAGAAGGACAGCGACUGGAAAGACGUCUUUUGGCGAGUCUUCCUUGCCGUAUUCAUUGCUGAGUGGGGUGACCGCACACAGGUGGCGAUGAUCACCUUGCACAGCUCCGCGCCGUGGUUGGCAGUCUGCUUGGGCUCGGUCUUGGCCUUCCUGGUGCUCACCUUGAGCGCGGUCUGCGCCGCCUCCCUGGUGCAGCACGCCAAGCUCAGCGAGCGCUUUGUGCUGGCGGUGAGCGCGGGUUCCUUUCUGCUCUUCGCGGUGCUGGCGCUGCGGGACGGCUUCGCGGCGGCCAAGUUCCGCUGAGGCUGGAGACUCUGAGAUUUGGAAUGCGCGACGGCGCGCCAGCGUUUUGUUUGGAAUUCAUGAGGGGCAUCAACUG